UUCCGUCAAACGUGACGACGGUAUGUGUCCCGUGCAUCUGGCCGUCAUUUCCGGAAAUCUAAAUGUGAUACAGUCUAUUGUAUCCCUGACUGGGCGGCAGCAGCAGGACGUCGCGAACAAGGCUGGGUCGACACCCCUUCACCUCGCAGCACAAUACAACCAGCUGGACAUAGCCAAAUACCUGAUUGAAGAAAGGGUGAACAUUGGGGCGACUGAUAACGAAUCCAAUACUCCACUACACGUAGCUGCCUCAUUCGAACACGCAGAUAUAAUCCGAUUGCUGAUGGAGAAUGGAGGAAAGAUCAACGUUAAAAACCAGAAGGGUCAGAUACCGUUACAUCUGGCGGCUCGGAUGGGGCACAUGCAGUCGUUAAAGUAUCUCCUGGACCCUCGUCUCUUGAAACACGGGAAGGAGUUCAUGGAACUCAAGGAGGAGGAAAACGGGAACUUCUUCUUCAAAAAGCUUCAGCAUAUUUCAAAGCAAAACGGCAAGGAUGUGGAAUUCAAGGUCCGGAAAGCAGUAGAAGAUGUUAGAGAUAAGCUGGAGAAAGAGGCUAAAUCUGUUGAUGACAGGAUACCUACACAGAGAAUCUACCGGAUCGUACAGGCGCUCGGGCCCCCAGAAGAAGUUCAUGCCGAGGAACAGGAGAAGAAGGCUGCUAGACCAACCAGGACAUCAAGGGUUGCACCGCAUUCAGCAUCAUCUGAGACAGGGAACAAUUCAACAAAAUACGUGAAGGUGAGUGAGUGAGUGAGUUUGGUUUAUCGCCG